AUGGGUGUGGCUUGGAACGCCGAUGCCGAUGCCGAUCUUUUUCAGGCGGUGCUCGCCUUCUCCCCGCCGCUGACCCAGAUACCGGCUGAAGACCGUGAUGGCAUUGUCGCGUUCAUGCGUAAUCGCGGUCACAAGGGCGCGACCUGGGAAGGUAUCCGUGCUGAGCAGAAGGAGGAGGUAGUAUGCUUCAUGCAAAAGCGUGGUCAUACCGCCAUGUCUUGGGACAAGAUCCGCAAUCAAUCCUCCCAGAAUUGGGAUGAGCCAGGUCUUGUCAAGGACCUCCUCGCCGCAACGGUCGCACAUCUCAACCCAUCCAGGCAGGACAUUUUGCAAAUCGCCAACAAAGCAAAGGCCAUGGGAGGCUGGCAGUUCACCGAGGGCGCAUGCUACUCAUCAGAGUUCAAUCUGUCCCUCAACAUGUCUGAUCGUACCGCGUGGGGCGAAAAGGCGCACCUGGACCUGCUACUUGCGGUUCUCAACAACAUCACUAUCACCAGUUCAGACUGGGAUAGCAAAAUCCUGCCGGAGUUGCGAGCCAAGGGCUACACUUACUCCGUAUCAGCUGCUCUACAACCGACACACCUGAAACCCAACCGCUUCAACACAACGCACCUUAUUACUUUCAUCAUGGACACUCCCACCAAAGGUUCGACGUUCAAGUGGGAUCCUGCUGCGGAGCGCGAUCUCUUCGCUGCUUGUCUUGUUGCGGCCGACGAGCCUAAGGGCGAUACCUUGGCCAAGGCCAUGGAGAUCCUCAAGGAUAACUUUGGAGAGCGCUUCACCAAGAAGGCCGCUUCUCACAGAGUCCAGCACCUUCAGAAGCUGAAGCGCAAGGAGGGCAGCCCCACCAAGAAGGCAGCAACGCCUUCGAAGAAGCGAGGAAAGGCUCUUGCGGAGGCCGACGACGACGACAAUGAGUCGCCCAAGAAGAAGCGAAAGGGCAAGGCCGCUCCUGCUCCCUCUGGUGAAGAUGAAGACAAUAAGGAGGCCAAUGGUUUGGUCAAGGACGAGGAGGACCAGGACGAGGCCUAA